AUGGCAUAGAUCCUGGAGCUACUAUAUAGAGAGAGGUGGACACGAUAUGAUGGCUUAGGAGCCCUUAUUAUCACACCUACUAGAGAACUAGCUUACCAGAUCUUUGAAGUGUUGCGAAAAAUUGGAAUAAAUCAUGAUUUUUCUGCAGGAUUAAUUAUAGGUGGAAAGGACUUGAAGUUUGAGCGACAGCGAAUGGACAAGUGUAACAUUGUAAUAUGUACUCCUGGUCGCCUGCUACAACAUAUGGACGAGAAUCCAUUGUUUGACUCUAGCAAUCUUAAAGUUUUGGUUUUGGAUGAAGCUGACAGAAUAUUGGACCUUGGUUUUCAAAAAACAGUGAAUGCCAUAAUUGAAAAUCUUCCCCAGGAUAGGCAGACUCUUCUGUUCUCAGCAACUCAGACUAAAUCUGUGAAAGACUUGGCUCGACUCAGUUUGAAGAAUCCUGUCUAUGUUUCUGUGCAUGAAAAUGCCAAACACAGCACACCAGAAGCUUUGAAGCAGAGUUAUAUUGUGUGUGAACUUCAUGAAAAAAUUAACCUGCUGUGGUCCUUCAUCAGAAACCAUCUGAAGCAGAAAAUAUUAGUGUUUAUGUCCAGUUGUAAACAGGUAAGGUUAACAUGUAAUUUUAACAAAAG